AUGCAACAUCUUAAGGGUAAACUAAAGGGAGAAGCUGAACGUUUAGUGCAACAUCUACAUGUAUCAGCCGAAAAUUAUGACACCGCUUGGGAAAUUCUCAACCACAGAUAUAACAAUCAGCAAAUUUUAUUCACCAAACAAAUUGAAAUAUUUCUUAAUCAACCUAAUAUACAGAAACAAAAUUCUUACGAGUUGAGAAGAUUACAUGAUACUACUAUGGAAUGCAUUCACGCCAUCCAUAAUUUAGGAAUUGACACCACGACGUGGGAUCCUAUCCUGGUUCAUCUGCUGAUAAAAAAGUUUGACACGCACACAUACAGCGAUUACAUGGAAAGUAGGAAAGAACCUCGUAAAUUACCAGUAUUUGAGGAAGCUAUUGCAUUCUUAGAGGCUAAAUUUACAGCCUUGGAACCUGUAAAGAAACAUGACAAGAACACAUCAACAAUGAAUAACCCAGGUUAUUCUAAAUCAUUUGCUUACAAGGAAAAAUCAUCAUAUGUGCCUGGGAAGAAAACAGCAUUUACUAGAACAUCUAGCGUAUUUCAUUGUGUAUUGUGCAAUACCAACCAUGCGUUAUACCAAUGCAGCAAAUUUGAAUCUAUGUCACCAGAAGUUAAAUUGGCAACAGUUUCGAAAUAUAAUGUGUGCAAAAAUUGUUUAUUUGUGCACGAAAAAAAUAUCUGCAAUUCCACAAAACGCUGUAAAGAAUGCAACGCAGCACACAAUACAUUAUUGCAUGAAGCAUGCGUCAACCCCGAUGUGACCUCAAAUUCUACCAAGCUAUUCACACCAAGAAAACAGCAACAGAUGCGUCAGCAAACUGUUCAUCACUUAGCGGACAUCAGUAACGAGAUAUUACUCCCAUCGGUUCAAAUGCAUGUGUUAUGCAAAGACGGACAAUAUAUUAAAUUGACAGCGCUUCUCGACCAGGGUUCACAAAUAUCCUUGAUUACAGAGAAUGCGGCACAAAGACUAGGAUUACCCAGACGUCACUUUGACGGUACGAUCUCUGGCGUCGGUACUUUAUCAAACAAAUGUAAAGGGAAAAUUAACCUUCAGUGCAAAUCGAUUCAUGACGAUUAUACAUUUAAUACUGAUGUUCUGAUUAUGCCAAAAAUGAUUAAUCAUUUGCCGAACAAUUCAUUUGAUACUGCUCAUUACAAGCAUAUCAAUAACCUUCCACUUGCAGAUCCGGAAUUUAACAUAUCGAAGCCGAUUGACGUUUUAUUAGAUGCAAAAAUAUAUUCAGAAAUAAUAAUGAAUGGACUCGUAAAAGGUUCUCCACAAGAACCCAUUGCACAGCAGACAAAAAUGGGGUGGAUUCUAUCGGGAAAUAUUACACCAUCAUUUAAUUGUCAUGUCGUCAUUAAUAACAUAGAAGACAUUGCCAAUUAUUGGGAGAUAGAAGACAUUCCAUCUGACACUGAAGUGAAAAAUCUUACGCAGCAAGAUCGAUUCUGCGAAAAUUUAUUCAUGACAACAACACGACGUUUACCUAGUGGAAGAUAUGAAGUGAGGUUGCCAAUGAAGGAAGGGUUUGAAAGUAAGCUGGGAGAUAGCAAACCACAAGCAGUGGCUCAGUUCAAACAGCAGGAAAAGAGGUUCCAAAACGAUGACACUUUAUAUGACAAUUAUAAACGAUUUAUCGACGAGUAUAUUAAUAUGGGUCACAUGAAGAAGUGUGUUACUAAGACAAAAGUAAGCUGCAUACUUCCACAUCAUGGAGUGAUUAAAAAUGACUCUACUACAACGAAGCUUAGAGUUGUAUUUAAUGGGUCGAGCAAAACUACAUCAGGGUUCAGUCUGAAUGAUCUGAUGGAAUGUGGUCCGAAGCUCCAACAAGAUAUCCUGUCUCUUCUUCUGAGAUGGCGAAUAUAUAAAAUUGCAUUCACGGCAGACUGCGAAAAAAUGUAUCGUAUGGUGAUGCUUCAAGAAGACCAGCAGCAUCUGCAAAAAAUUGUCUGGCGGGACCAAUUAAUGAAACCGCUGGAAGAAUAUCAACUGUGUACAGUAACCUAUGGUACAAAAGCAGCGCCAUAUUUAGCAAUGAGGACGAUAAAACAGUUAGCAAGUGAUGACGCACAGAAAUAUCCCCUUGCAGGCAAAAUUUUGGAAAAUGACCUAUUUGUUGAUGACCUAGUUAGUGGCGCUCAUACCAUAGAGCAGGCUAAAAAUAUACAAGCGGAAGUAAUUGACAUGUUGAAAGGAGCAGGAUUUAACUUAAGAAAAUGGUCGAGUAACACGCCGGAGUUACUAAUGCAUUUGACAGAACACCAAUUAAAUCCAUCGGUAUUGGACUUCAAGAACGCUGACUCUACUAAAACACUUGGACUUAGAUGGAAUCCGGUUACCGACACAUUUACAUAUCAAAACAAAAUAGAUCGCGCAACCGAGACAUACACUAAACGUACUAUGUUAUCUGAUAUAUCGAAGAUUUUUGACCCACUUGGUUGGUUAUCGCCUGUCACAUUGAAAGCAAAGCUCAUAUUUCAACGCGUGUGGUCCACCGAAAUAGGCUGGAAUGAUACAGUUCCUCAAGAAAUCCAGGAAGAGUGGAAGUUACUGAGGGAUGACUUGGACAAUAUCAACUACCUUGAGAUACCGAGAUGGAUUGGUACAACAGAAACUGACAUCGAAAUACAUGGAUUUUGUGAUGCUUCAGAAAAGGCAUACGCAUGUGUUAUUUAUGCCAAAACCCGACAUGAGUUUCAACAGACAACAAUACAACUUAUAGCAGCUAAAACAAAAUUAGCGCCUGCCAAGAAGAAACUGACAUUACCACGGCUAGAACUUUGUGGAGCCCUACUAUUGACAAAACUUGUUGCAAAGGUCUUACAAACUUUUGCAAUCAAUAAAAUUCAUGCACAGACUUAUGCUUGGACAGAUUCCAUGGUGGUGAUUGGAUGGUUGCAUGGGAAUCCGUCACGUUGGAAUGUGUUCGUGGCAAAUCGUACACAACAAAUUAUAGCCGUUAUUCCCGCAGUACAAUGGAGACAUACAAAAUCAUCUGACAAUGCAGCAGACUGUGCAACUAGAGGCCUUACCCCUUCCCAGCUGAGAGAGCACUCAUUGUGGUGGAAGGGACCUACGUGGCUAAAGGAUGACGUUAAAGAAAAUACUCUAAAUAUAGAAGACCCGGAGAUUGAAAUCAAAAGAAAUCCCCAAGUAAUGACUACACAAUUAAAAUAUGAAGUUAUUGAAAACAUAUUAGAAAAAUACAGUUCUAUUACUCAUGCGGCACGUCUUGUCUUGGGUAUCGCGUUUCAUAACAAAUACUCGGUAUCGUAUAACUAA